AUGCAAAUUCGGAGCUAUAGCAAGAUGGGUAGUGCUAUAUAAAGGAAAAAAAGUGUUAAGAUGAACUGUUUUUUAAUUACAAUACAAAGUAGUGUGUUUUUAAUUGUGAAAAUAAUACGAUCGAAAAUUAUUCAACUAAAAUAUGUUAAAGUAUAUAGAAUUGUAAUAUUGUAAAUGAGUAUCAAAAUUAUUAAAUUUAAAAUGGUAUUUCUUUUGCAUUUAUGCUCUCCAAUAAAAAAGUUGUUCUAUAUGAAUAUCCUUGUAGAUUUUAUUUUGCUAGUUCUACUCUUCAAAUAUUGUAAAUUUUUGAUCUUAUUUCUCCUGAUGAAUUUUCUUAGAAUUUAUAAAUGA